UGCUGUGGGCAUGUUUCCAUGGUAAUACUUCCUGUGGCUUUGAUGGAAAGAGGUAGUUUGGCUUUUGAGGAUGCUGAGGACUUGUCAGAUCAGGGGUGGUGCUUUUUUUUUUUUUUUAACACCACUUUAGAAAUGCUGUGAUCCGAACGAUGAAACAUUGAAACGAUAUACGUUGGGAUGGAGGGGAAAAUGAAAUAUCUGGACGUUCCUAAUGGGCGAUUGAUGCUAGCAGUUUCUGAUGGAGAAUUAAAUAAUACCGAUAUAGAUGGACGAGGCAGUGAUCAGAGUCUUAACAGCCUGCCUAGCGUCCGAAGCUCUGGACUUACAUCAGAACAUUCGGUGGCCAGCUGGGCAGUGUCGUUUGAGAGGCUUCUUGAAGACCCUUUCGGGGUUGAAUAUUUUACGGAAUUUCUAAAGAAGGAAUAUAGCGCUGAAAAUAUAUUUUUCUGGAAAGCAUGUGAACAGUUCCAGAAUAUUUCAGCUGAAAACACUGAACAGCUUUUGAAGGACUCUCGGACCAUCUACAAUGAAUUUCUGUCAAGUAACUCAUUGUGUCCAGUGAAUGUAGAUCAGCAGGCCAUUAUCAAAGAGGACAUGCUGAAGAACCCCUUUCCUGAUAUGUUCAAAGCACAACAGAUGCAGAUUUUCAACCUGAUGAAAUUUGACAGCUACGCUCGCUUUGUUAAGUCAUCCCUUUACCAGGAAUGCAUGCUCUCAGAGGUGGAAGGACGUCCCUUACCCUCCCUUACUUCAUCCCCCACUACAACCUGUAUUUCCUUCUCCUCUGGGGCAGUAAAGAAAAAACUGAGACCAGGAAAAUCUCUUCCACUUGGAGUUGAAGCCACAGGAGUAGACAACACCAGCGAUUUCAUUUCCAGACCCAACAGGAGAUCUUUUAAGAAGAAAGAUAAGAAAGGAUCAUGUCGAGAAUUAUCUGACAGCAAUGAAUUAUCUCGUCGUGAAUCUCAGACGUCAUUGAACUCCACCACGAGUCUGGACCAUAAUUUGAUCUCUUCCCUAUCAAGCAAAUUUGAGAAUGACAGCGCAAGCUUGGGAAGUAUAGAACAUGAUAGUGAAGCCAAGCCAAUGAAAUAUUGCUGUGUCUAUCUGCCCGAUGGCACUGCCUCACUCGCAGCAGUGAAACCAGGCUUAACCAUCCGGGACAUGCUUGCUGGGAUCUGCGAAAAGCGAGGUUACUGUGUUACAGAUGUGAAGGUCUACCUGUCUGGACAUGAACAGAAGCCUUUGGCUCUUGACCAGGAAUGCAAAGUGCUUGCAGAUCAAGAGGUGAAGCUGGAGAACAGGAUUGGGUUUGACUUACAAAUCAAACAUGUGAAUAAAAAUGUUCGUAUUGUGUCAAAACCCACUAAAACCAUACAAGAAGCGUUACAACCAACUUUGAAGAAAUAUGGACUUCAGAAUUGCCACAUUGUUCUUCAUAAGGCUGGAGACUCACAUUGUGUAGAACAAGGGUCCUCGGUUCUAACGGUAUCUGGACAAAAACUCAUUUUGGAAGUCACUGAUAAAAAGGAUUCCAAGAUCAGAUCAGCGAGUUUGUCCGACUAUCCCUCCAAGAAAGAUUCCCAAAAGGAGAAACAUGAAGAUAUGAACAAACAUUCUCACAGCAACAACCACGGAGCUCAGAAAGAGGCUGAUCACACGAGUCACAUACCGGAUAACAGACACAACGACACUGCAAAAGUGAAAUACAAAUCUCAUCGACAAACCUAUGACUUUGAAGGAUUGGUUGAGAUGCUUAACAAAGUUCAGCAUUCACGAACAGAAAAUCAACGUGGCCUGUUGACUAAAGAAGACCUAGAGUUACCAGAAUUCCUGAAGCUUCCUUCUGAAGUCCAAUGUGAUAAAUGUCAUACAGCCAGUCUCGAUGGUUCUAUAGAAGCUCCAAAGAUGCCACCACCCACUCAAGAUGCUGCUCUGGAUUCUGAAAUCAAAGUUGAACAUAGGAGUUCUACUGAAAUUAAACCAUCAUCAAUAAUAAAUGAAUGUUCUACAGGUAUAAACAACCACGUUACUGUAAAAGAUUCUGCAUCUCUGACUGAUGUGACCCAGGAAAACAAAGACAUGAUUCACACAGACACAAUUUCAGAUUCAGAUUUCUUGAAUCAUACUUCACCUAACAAUGACCAAAUAUGUACCGAGGAUCUAGAUUCCGCAUUGUAAGAUGGGCAGUGUUUAUAUUUAUGGGACAGAUUCACUUGAAUGCAGCAGAAUCCUAUAUAUAAAUGUGUAUAAUAAUAAAAUAAUAUUGAUUUAUUUUAUAUUACCAGAUUGGAUAAGGCUAAUCAAACCGUCCUUCUUGUGUACAAAAGCCUGUCCCAUCCUUACAUUGCCCGUCACAUUGAGGAGCAGUUACAUUUGAAUAUUAUGAAAAGGGGAACUUGUUACAAUAUGGCAGCUAUAUCCAGUUUUAUUGAUGUGGUAGAAUGGACUCUUUGGAUUCACUUGGUAAUUGGUACCUUAGUUGACGACAGGAUGGCAAUGUCCCUUACAGCAAGUUCUACCCUUAUUGUUCAUUAAUGUGAAAGCCUAAUUUGAAUGCAUUUUUUUUGUGAAAAAAAGGAACAUUUGCCUUCCUG